GGUAGCUGAACCCAGUGGAUGAGCUUGGUUGGUAACCUGAGUCUUUCCCUAUUCUUGCCAGCUCCCCAGGAAACCGGGUCUCUUGAAGAAUCUACAGAGGAGUCUGAGGAAGAAGAGAGUGAAGAGGAACCCAAACUGAAGUAUGAAAGGCUUUCCAAUGGGGUAACUGAAAUUCUUCAGAAGGAUGCAGCUAGCUGCAUGACAGUCCAUGACAAGUUUUUGGCAUUGGGCACACAUUAUGGCAAGGUUUAUUUACUUGAUGUCCAAGGGAACAUCACUCAGAAGUUUGACGUAAGUCCUGUGAAGAUAAAUCAGAUCAGUCUGGAUGAAAGUGGGGAACACAUGGGCGUGUGUUCAGAGGAUGGCAAGGUACAGGUAUUUGGACUGUAUUCUGGAGAAGAAUUUCAUGAGACUUUUGACUGUCCCAUUAAAAUCGUUGCCGUGCACCCGCACUUUGUGAGGUCCAGUUGCAAACAGUUUGUGACCGGAGGGAAGAAGUUGCUGCUGUUUGAACGGUCUUGGAUGAGCAGAUGGAAGUCUUCCAUUCUGCAUGAAGGAGAAGGAAACAUAAGAAGUGUGAAGUGGAGAGGCCAUUUGAUUGCUUGGGCCAAUAACAUGGGUGUGAAGAUUUUUGACAUCACCUCAAAGCAAAGAAUCACCAAUGUGCCCCGAGAUGACAUAAGUCUUCGCCCAGAUAUGUAUCCCUGCAGCCUCUGUUGGAAGGACAGUGUGACACUAAUUAUUGGCUGGGGGACUUCUAUAAAGAUAUGCUCAGUGAAGGAAAGGCAUGCCAGCGAAAUGAGAGAUUUGCCAAGUCGAUAUGUUGAAAUAGUGUCUCAGUUUGAAACUGAAUUCUACAUCAGUGGACUUGCACCUCUCUGUGAUCAGCUUGUUGUACUUUCCUACGUGAAGGAGGUUUCAGAAAAAACGGAAAGAGAAUUCUGUGCCAGGCCUAGAUUGGAUAUUAUCCAGCCACUUUCUGAGACUUGUGAAGAGAUCUCUUCUGAUGCUCUGACAGUUAGAGGCUUUCAGGAAAAUGAAUGUAGAGAUUAUCAUUUAGAGUACUCUGAAGGGGAAUCGCUCUUUUACAUCGUGAGUCCAAGAGAUGUCGUAGUGGCCAAGGAACGAGACCAAGAUGAUCACAUAGACUGGCUCCUUGAAAAGAAGAAAUAUGAAGAAGCUUUGAUGGCAGCUGAAAUUAGCCAAAAGAACAUUAAAAGACAUAAGAUUCUGGAUAUUGGCUUGGCAUAUAUAAAUCAUCUGGUGGAGAAAGGAGAGUACGAUGUAGCAGCACGCAAAUGCCAGAAAAUUCUUGGAAAAAAUGCAGCACUCUGGGAAUAUGAAGUUUAUAAAUUUAAAGAAAUUGGACAGCUUAAGGCUAUUAGUCCUUAUUUGCCAAGAGGGGAUCCAGUUUUGAAACCACUCAUCUAUGAAAUGAUAUUACAUGAAUUUUUGGAAAGUGAUUAUGAGGGUUUUGCCACAUUGAUCCGAGAGUGGCCUGGAGAUCUAUAUAACAAUUCAGUCAUAGUUCAAGCAGUUCGGGAUCACCUGAAGAAGGAUAGUCAUAACAGGACCUUACUGAAAACCCUGGCCGAAUUGUACACCUAUGACAAAAACUAUGGCAACGCCCUGGAAAUAUACUUAACGUUAAGACAUAAAGAUGUUUUCCAAUUGAUCCACAAGCAUAAUCUUUUCAGUUCUAUCAAGGAUAAAAUUGUUUUAUUAAUGGAUUUUGAUUCAGAGAAAGCUGUUGACAUGCUUUUGGACAAUGAAGAUAAAAUUUCAAUUAAAAAGGUAGUGGAAGAAUUAGAAGAUAGACCAGAGUUGCAGCAUGUGUAUUUGCAUAAGCUUUUCAAGAGGGACCAUCAUAAGGGGCAACGCUACCAUGAAAAACAGAUCAGCCUUUAUGCUGAAUAUGAUCGACCAAACUUGCUGCCAUUUCUCCGAGAUAGUAUCCACUGCCCACUUGAAAAGGCUCUUGAGAUCUGUCAACAGAGAAAUUUUGUGGAAGAGACAGUUUAUCUUCUAAGCCGAAUGGGUAACAGCCGAAGCGCCCUGAAGAUGAUCAUGGAGGAAUUACAUGAUGUUGAUAAAGCAAUUGAAUUUGCCAAGGAGCAGGAUGAUGGAGAACUCUGGGAAGAUCUGAUUUUAUAUUCUAUUGACAAACCACCAUUUAUUACUGGCUUGUUAAACAACAUUGGCACACACGUUGACCCAAUUCUACUGAUUCAUCGUAUUAAGGAAGGAAUGGAGAUUCCCAACUUGAGAGAUUCCUUGGUUAAAAUUCUGCAAGACUACAAUUUGCAAAUUCUACUUCGUGAAGGCUGCAAAAAGAUUCUCGUUGCCGACUCUUUGUCCUUACUGAAGAAAAUGCACCGGACUCAGAUGAAAGGCGUCCUGGUCGACGAGGAAAACAUCUGUGAAUCAUGCCUUUCUCCUGUUCUUCCAUCAGAUGCAGCCAAGCCUUUCAGCCUGGUGGUCUUCCAUUGCCGUCAUAUGUUCCACAAAGAGUGCCUGCCCGUGCCUAACGUGAACUCCCCUGUGCAGUUCUGCAACAUCUGCAGUGCUAAGAACCGUGGACCAGGAAGUGCAAUUUUGGAGAUGAAAAAAUAGCUCCAUUCUGCUUGUCAAUCUCUUCCUCACCACUCUUUUUAAGACUCUGUUUUGGCAACAACAGAAGCAUUUGUUGACACCAGUGCUGUUAAGAGAUUUGUACUUGUUUUUGUCACACUCUAUAAAAAAAUAAGUUUCUUUAUGCCCGAACGAUUUCUCAUUGCAGUUGCUAAAGAAGAUAGGGCUUUUCCCAGGCCCUGAAAUAUUUGGGCUCACAGUUGACAUUUCAUCAUGUAUUUGUCUGGCUCUCAUAAGUCUAGGAGGUAGAGGUGAAUAUUUUAGACCCUACUUAAAACUGUUGAACCAUAAAGUGGACUAUUGAGAAUUAGCCCCAGCUGCCUGAGAGCAUGGCAGAUGCACCUCACUCAGCAAGCUUCUCCCUGCAGCCUGCUCCUUAUUUCCUAUCCAGUCCACUGGCAACAGUGCUCACAUCUGAGUUUGGCUUUCGUAAAAUGUCAUCAACUGUAGUUGUGUUCUUGGUAGGCAUUUAAUGAAACUGUGCAAGUUUUACCCAUUUACUAACAUCUGGGAAUAACACGAGCUGGCUGAGGUCAUGCAGCUCUCCAUUCACUGAUCCCAUGUUCUGUGUGUCCCAGCAACUGCAAAGUGUCUGGCCCUGGUAGGUACGCAGCAUUUGCUGAUUGAAUAAUUGUUAGCUCUUUUCACUGUGAAAGACUUGCUCUUACUGGACUAAGUAACUGCUGUCUUGAGUUUCUGAUCCCUCAUAAGGAAUAGAAGAGUUUCAGCACCUUAGAAUUUGAGGGGUGGUGGUUAGUUUUUAAUAGUAGGGAAGAUAUGAGUGACUACAAAAUCUGAGGGUUUGUCAGGAGAAAUAGGCUGUCCAUUGCCAAAGGAUGGCCAUAAUGAAACUUCCUCUAACCUUCUUAGGGCCUCCUUUUCUCUCAUGGCACAAAAAGCAUAUAAGAAAGGGAGAGAAUUUAAACUUGUGAAUGUCUUACAGUUAUUGAUGUCAUCUGUCUUUGGUUAUAACACCAUCCUCUUGUGUUUGUGAAAAUGUGAAAAACACACCUUCAUUGUUCCUGCUCUCCUAGUCCCAUAAACAGGAGUCAUCGCAGCUUUAUGCUUCUGUCUUUGUGUGGGGAGGGUCAGUUGGCUAAUGUGGACUGAGCACAGAUCGAUUCCCAGACUUACCAAACCAUUUACAUAAGCGGCAUCUCAUUUAAUUCUCACAGCAUCCUCAGAAAGAAGAUAGGACAUACCUUGGUUUACAGAGGAAGAAACCAAAAUGUAGAAGAUGCUAAGUCAGGGUCACCUAACUCCGGAAUUAAGAAAUUAGACGGCCGAGUUCAUAAGAAAUGCAGUUUGUGUCUUUGAACUGGAGUUAAAAAGAAUACAUGCUAGUGAACAAUGGACAUUUUCUGUUAGUCUUAAAUAUUUAGAACUGUAAGUUUCUUUUGUUGUUAUGGCCUAGAAUCCUCAGCCCUCCCAGUGUCUCCUUAUUCCAAGACUAGUGUUCUUUCUGCUGCACUGCUAGUUUCCAGUUUUUCUUUUUUUGCCAGAGAAACCCUUCUGUCAUAAAACAUCUCACAAAGAAGACCUAUUGAAGCAACUAUAAAAUGCAGAGCUACUCCACUUAUUGGGGAAUACGAAUGUAGUUGCAAAGUGCAUGUUUCAUAUACUCUCCUUAAAGUUAUUUUGUGACACCAGUUUUAUUUUGCUUUUAUUUUUGGCUAAAAGGAUAUUAUGCUCAUUUAAGCAUGUUCAUCUUUGAGAGCUUAUGAGAAGUUCUCAAUACAUUUUUCAUGAAUUUGGUUGUUAUAUUGUUGAAUUACCUAUUUCAAUAUAGUAAUAUGUAUUGAGCAAUUACUGUGUAUCACGCACUGUUGUAAGCACUUUACAUGAAUUAUCUCAUUAAGUCAGCACAUGAACCCUGUGAAGGUAGGAGUCAUCAUCAUUGUCAUUGUCAUCAUCAUCGUCAUCAUCAUUUUACAGAUGAGUAAACUGAGGCACAUAAAGGUUAGACAACUUAUCUGUGAUCAAGAAGCUGGUAAGUGGUAUGCUACAGCUAGAGUUCAAACCCAUGCUGCCAGACUUCAAAGUUCAUGACCUUAACCACUACAUAUUUGAUCGUUUUUAUUUAAAGUACUAAUUUGUCAGUGUGUAGAAAACAAAACCCACUCUAGCUAGCAGAAAGGGAUUUAUUAUAGAGUAUCAGAUGCCUUAAGGAAUCAUUGGGAGAGCUGAAGAAACAGACCAUAGGGAGAGCUUCCAGGAGCAACUUCCAAAGCCACCCCACAGAUCCGGGCUGUGACGAGAACCGCCAACCCCUGCCCCCCACCUCGAUCUGAGGAAAGCUGCCCAAGCAUUGUGAAUCGUUUUUAAGUAAACAUUAUAUAAAUAAAAAUAUACACAUUUCUCAGUUUCUUUUCAAGUUCAGUCUCAGUAACUUUAAAUUAAGGCAUAUGUUUACAUAAGUGUGUAGGAGAUAUUUCUUGGUUAAAUAUUACACUAAUUUAUUCCGUUUUCCAUCAUCAAGACUUGGGCUUUUAAAACUCCACCAAUUUUGAGAAUAACUUCCACUUCCCACACACGCAUUCCUGGGACUCUUAGCUGAAUGGUGCUCUAUAAAAUCUGGAAAGAAAUGUCUUUUCUCAUGUAGUGCAUGUUUUGUUAUGAGGAGAAUCAAUGUGAUAUUAGUAAAGACAAGACAGGAGAGAGAAUGAAAAGCUCUUCAGGAGCAGGUCUCCCAGACAUAGCCACUCCCCAGUCCUUUCUUAACAUUGCAGCCAGAGUGGUUGUUCUGAAAUGAAACAUGGUCUGUCAUUCUCUAUCUCCAAACCCUCAGGAAUCCCCAUGCUCUUGUGUGUGAAAACACUUUCAGCCUUUGACCUAUACAACCUGUUGCAUUUAACUUUACCACUUCAUUUAUGUCAUUCCCUGAACUCCAGCCAUUAUAGAAUUUCCUUGCAGUUCUCUUUACCUUUGUACUUGCUGUUAGCCUUCAUCCUUCAAGAUUCGUCUCAGAUGUGAUUCUUCCCACUCUGACCUCUGCAGACUGGGUAGGAGACCUAGCCCUUGUCCUUACACAGCACCCAGGGAUCGAUCUCCCUCUGUCACCGGACAUUGCAGUCGUCUAUGUAGCAGGUACACUCUGUUCACGAACUCAGGUCUGCAAAAGAAUACAUUUUAAGUCCUCUGUUGAGUCUACAUUUUACCCAAUGGAUGGAUAAAAAUCAGACUUUUUAAUUUAUUCAGGGGCCCCCCUUUUCUGGGUUGCCUCUAAGUUUAGGGGCGGUAGUAGAGGUGGUCUCAUGCCCGAGUGUGAAUGAGAAGGAGGCAGCUGGCCCUCAGUUGACCUUUGCAUGCUGGCAUUGGCUGAAAUGGCAUGAUCCCUACCAGCCUUCCAUCACCUAAACCUACUGCCGGCAUGUCUUAGGUGUCUACAGUCCCAGCUAGCCCCGGUCCUCAGUUCUUGCCCUAACCUACCCACAACCCUUCCUGACCACUAACCCUCUCAGUCCAUCUGCCCUCUCCCAGCUCCUGCUAUGCUACUCUUUGGGCUCAGGAAACUUGUGGAUGAAUUGCCUUGUGGCUCUGGUGCUGUGAGAAAUUCAGAACAAGUUGAUCUUUAUUGCCCAAAAGUGUGCUUGAGAUGCGAUGAGGGAGAGGUAGGAAGUUGCUUUGUAAGACUUGUCACCUCUCAAAGGGUGUGGGAAGAAGGGUAACUUCUAUUUCCGAAGGUCCUAACUUGCCUGGUAAGUCUAUCUCUAUCCUGUUCAAAUCCCAGAACUCAGCCCUGGGGUAUAGGGCAAGGGGCACUUGCUCAGCUCUGUCCUCCCUCAGCUUGUCUCUGUCCCAUACUUUUACCCUCCUUCAGUUCCACUAUACCCUAUACCUAGGUAUAGUAAGUGUAAAUAAGUCAUGGGGGUAAAAGUAGGAGUGGAACUGUCUCAUAUUAUCACAUAUUAUUUUCGGUAUAAACCUUGGGCUCUGGUACUCAAAAGGCUGAGGUUCCUGCAAAACUGUUGACUAAAUUUUUAAGAAUCUAUUUUGGAACUUAGAAAACACAAUUUAGUUUUCCUUCUCUGCUGAAUUGUACUUCCCUACUUGCUGUCUUACAGUGAACAAGGGAGCAAUAGCAGAAAGUUCACGGGGAAAAAACAACCCACCUUGAUAAUUACAUCAAAAUAUCAUUUUGCCAAAGUCUAUUAUAAGUCUCUUUCAUACUGUAGACUGUGAGUCCAGCAAGGGCAAGGAAUGUAUCUUGUUCAUCUUUGUAUCUGCAGCACAUGCUACAGUGACCCAAAAUAGGCACUUGACAGUAUAUGUUGAAUGAACAGAAAUCAACCCAAUCUCUUUCCCCCACCCACCCCCACUUCAUUGAUACACAUACAUGGCAUGACUUCUAAAUGUAGACCUUUCUUGGUGAGCAGUCUCCUCUGCAUACCCUAUCAUCACCUCUGCUUGCUCAUAUUCCUCCCUCUUGAUCCUCCACCACCACCAUCAACCAAGUCUUACUUGCCUACGUUCUUCUAGAGCAGGCACAAUUUAUUCUCAAGUUCACCUUAUCUUUGAAUGCUCUUUUUCCUCUCUCCCCCAUCCAGUCUGUCCUCUUUUCUCGGCAGCAUACUCUCUUCUGCAUUCUCACUGUCAUUGUUCCAGACCCAGAUUCUUAAUCUAGCAUUUGAAUGGGUUGUGAUCAAUUCCUCUCCAGUUUUUCUACCUCCAGCAUCCUCGCUGCUCUGAUGCAUUCUCCACCCGGCUUCUACAUUAGUCUUCAUUCCAGGCUGAUCCAAUCAAGUGCCAGAUACUUUGCUAUUCACAGUGCUUGAUGUUUCAAUUGGUACAUUUUUCCCCAUAUCUUCAGUUCUCCUUUUCUUCCUCCUCAUCAACUUAACUCUGAUACACCCUUCAAGGUCCAGCUUAACAUCUUAACAUCUCCAUGUCUUCUUCCCCAACAUACUCUGCUCCCAACCUAAACCAGUUUGCUCUCUGACCUCCCAUGCCUGUGUCAUAGACAUAACAAAGCUAUUUAUUUGAUGUAUUAUUCUCUCUGCAAGUCUUAUUUCCUCAAAUAAUUUGCUCCUCAAAGGAAAGCAAUCUCCUAGAAUCUCCAAAGGCACAUUACAGAAAGGGCCCUCAGUAAAUACCCCUUGACACACUGAGCAAGACCUUGUUCUCCCUCUAGGUGUGGGGGGUUCUUCCCUUAGGAACAAGUGUUGGUAUAUAUGGCAGAAGGAGAGUGGAGAGGAGCCUUGCCUGCUUGGGUAGCUUUUAUGAUUUAUCUUUCUUGAUAUCUGAUGGGUGGGGGGGGUACCAUCACUGUCCAGUGAUCCAGACACAGUCAUAGGGCCCUUAUCUUCAGACACUAUAAAUGCCUGACUAGGUCAAUGUAUUCAAAUGAAUCAAGCUAAACAUUUUUUCCAAAAUUAAUCUAGCUUUUUGCCUCAGUUUUAACAGAUAACCUGUUUUCCCUUUUGCUUUGAUGUCGAUGUGUCAGUCAUAUAUUUUUGAAAUUCUGUCAGGUGCUCUUUGAUUAAAGUGAUCCUGUAUUUUAUGAUCCAAGCCAGGGCAUUUUGAGAGCAAGAGGGAGCGCAAUAAAAAACUACUUCAGGA